AUGAAUUCGUUUAAGAAAAAAUCAAAGAAAAUUAAAAAGAAACGCGAUAAAAAAGGCAAAAAGGACAAGAAACGAAGUAGAAGAUCGAGUAGCUCAAGCAGUUCCAGCAGUAGUGAUUCGUCAUUAAUGUCCACGUCCUCUAGUUCAUCCGAUUCAAAUAAACAUAAACAAAAGAAGCGAAAACAUAAAAAAGAUCAUAAAAGGAAGAAAGCCAGACGUUAUGAAGACAAGUCAAAAGAUGGAGAAUCCAGUAAAAGUCAGAUAAUCAUCCCAGUUCUAGAUAAUCAGCCAAAGUCCGAAGAAGAUAAUGACUUUACAAUUCCUUUACACUUAAUGGACAAUAAUCAUAAGAAGCCAGAAACAAAAGAGGAAUAUGAGAAGAGGCAAAGCAUUCUAAGGAGAGUUGUGGAUGAAGAAACUGGACGAACUAGGCUAAUUAAGGGUGAUGGAGAAAUCAUCGAAGAAAUGGUCACAAGAGACAGGCAUAAAGAAAUCAACAGACAAGCUACACAAGGUGAUGGACAAUCUUAUCAGAACAAGAUGAUUGGCUGGGCUGUAACGAGCAAUAAGAAAUGA